CCUCCCAACCCACCUCACUCACGACGAGAGAAUUCACUCCUCUCUACCUGUCGAGGCCACUUUGCUGGCAUUCUUGCGCAAUGGAUAUUACCGAAUAUAUUUUCUCGCGGAGAGAGGAAGUCCUCCUCGCUGGAGACUACAACGCUUAUAGGGCGCACACAACCCGCAAAUUGCACAAGCUCCGCAAGAAGCUUGGACAGACCACACCCAAAGGUCGCAAGUAUACUGCCAAACCUGCUAUUAGUGCUGAGGAUGUCGGCAGCAAUGUGGUAAACGUACACGUCUUACUCCUCAGUGCGGAACGGUCUUGGGCCCAGGCGAUGCACAUGAAGUCAACACAUUCGGCAGACCCAUCGGCAAAGGGAAUCUCGGGCGCUGCAAGACGUCAUAUCAUUUCACGACUGAACAAGGCCGCCGGAUAUGUCAAGCAGUUGGUUGCUCUGUUGGAAGACAAGACAGCCUCCGGCGCAACUGAAACAGAUCUUUUGGAAGCACGCGCAUACUUGUCGUCGCUAAUUGGAGCAUCCUGUUUGGAAAAACGCAGCUGGGAACAGUGCGUUCAGAACUACUCGAUCUCUCGAGUCAUCUACACUGCGCUGGGUCAGAUCGACAGAAAAGAUGCAUUCCGUGAUCUUCUUUCCGGCAAUAUCGAUCCGAGUCUCAGAUAUGCAGCGUACCAGAUGAAGCUCCCACGAUCGAAACCCAUCCCAUCGCUGGCCAUCAAAUAUUUCCCAUCCGAUGCUUCCAUCAGGUCUGAGGUGGAAAAGGUCGACCCCAAUUGCUUGAAGGAGGAUGCCGUUGGAACCCGAAGAACAGCCGACGGAGAAGUGCAGCAACUGCCUGAGGAUAUUACCUGGAGAUCACGCACUGUUGCCCUCGAAGAUGCCGCAAUCUCCCAGGCACUCGCUACAGCUGCGGCCGAAGAGUCUCGACUUACAGCUUGGCUAGCUAGCCCCGAAGGAAGCUCUGCACCUUCAAAGGACAAGGCCGCCGCUUACGACAACGUUAUUAUCUCUAGUCAAGAUGCGGUUGAUGCGACCAAGACCGCUAUCGAUGACCUUACUGGCGAGGGGGUGGAUCCAGGUGACAAGAGAAUGCAGGGCCUACAGAUCACUCGAACUGCGGUGAAUUACGCGCUGGUAGGAUGGAGAAUUGGCCGUAACCGGGUUCUGUGCGGCGAGAACGACGGCAUUACCUUUGAGCCUAGCCGGACAAAGGUCUCCAAGCAUAGCAAGGCUGUUUCUCAGCAGGAUGAGCCCAGCGGCAAGAAACUCACCUGGCUACGCGAAAGGGUUGUUCUCUACGACUCUACCCUGCAGAGCAUCGAGUUUAUCCUCGAACUGCCCGGAGUUGCUGCCGACUCCGCUUUUGUCGGAGAGCUCGAAGCAAAGCGCUCCUACUUCCGCGCUCUAAGAUGCCUCACUAUCGGCCGUUCCCAUGGAAUCCUCGGAAAAUCUCAAAACGCUCUCGCAUUAUUUUCUCAGGCAUUGUCCAUCGCGUCGAAAUCCGCCCAAUCCCUCCAGUCCGCCAUUGACAUCGACGGGCCUCCCAGACUAGAUAUCUCUUCCAGCCAAGUUCAAUCCCUCGAAUCCGAACUCCGAGCCCUAGUCAUGAAAUACCAAGGCCUCGUCACCCUCGAAAAAGUCUCCGCUGAUGCCCAGGCGAAGUCACCAACUCAGCAGCCCGCCGUUGAACGUCUCCACGAAUACGCCGGCGAUGAAAUAGACCUAAAGAACCUCGUCCCGUACCCGCCCCAGAUGCGUCCUGUCCCUGUUAAGCCCUUGUUCCUUGACGUCGCGUGGAACUACAUCCAAUACCCUGAAGAGGGUAAGCCUGGUGCUGCUGCUGCUGCUACUACUGCUGCUGCUGCUGCUGCUGCUGCUCCUCUCGCCACUUCAGAAGGAGCAGAGCAAGAACCCGAGGAAAAGAAAGGAGGCCGACGAGGCUGGUUUGGCUUUGGGCGUUGAGAGAUAAUCAACUACCUAGAUACACAGGGUGCUCUUGGCUCUGUAUCAAUCACUAUGAUGAGGAUUAGUGAUUGCAAUAUGAGAUGAUUUAGUAAUGCCAUUUGUCUAGUCUAAUACGUAUCCCAUAACUAACUAUUGUAUAUUCUCUUAUUAGUCAGGAGACGCUUACCAGGCUACUUUGAUAAAGCAACUAGUUAUUAAAGCGUAGCUGGCUAAAUUAUAUGGAGUUGAUAUCUAUGUAUUAUAUAUAUACACAUACA